AUUGACAUUCGACAACUUUUUUGGGAGGACAGGUGAAUGUUAUAGCGUUUUUCUAAAGUGUAAGGUGUUUAUUUUCAAAAAGUUUAUAAAAUAAGCAAUCACUAUGGGUAAUGUGUUUGCAAACUUAUUCAAAGGCCUCUUUGGCAAAAAAGAAAUGAGGAUAUUGAUGGUAGGACUCGAUGCAGCUGGUAAAACCACAAUUUUAUAUAAACUUAAAUUAGGAGAAAUUGUAACAACUAUUCCAACAAUUGGAUUUAAUGUGGAGACUGUAGAAUAUAAGAACAUUAGCUUUACAGUAUGGGAUGUAGGUGGUCAAGAUAAAAUUAGGCCAUUGUGGAGACACUAUUUCCAAAACACACAAGGCCUAAUUUUCGUAGUAGACAGUAACGACAGGGAACGUAUAACUGAGGCUAAAGAUGAAUUAAUGCGCAUGUUGGCCGAAGAUGAACUUAGAGAUGCCGUACUUCUCAUUUUCGCCAACAAACAAGAUUUGCCCAAUGCAAUGAACGCUGCAGAAAUCACCGACAAACUCGGUCUCCAUUCACUACGUAACCGCAACUGGUACAUUCAAGCUACCUGUGCAACUAGCGGAGAUGGUCUCUAUGAAGGUCUGGACUGGUUGUCCAAUCAAUUAAAGAACGCCAAUCGCUAGAACAUAGAAAAAGAGAGGAGUGCGCAAAAAAGUGUGCGAGUGCAGAUGGUUUUUUUCUUGUACUCUUGUCGUGUCUACUACCUCGCGCGCGCGCGAAACGUUUCGUAUACCAUAUGUUGCAAUUUUUGUGUCCGAUGGGGAAAUUCGUCAUGUUUCACUUUGGGGGUUAUAAAAUUGGCUGUUAGCGACAAGUGGUGUAUGAGGUGAAUGCGAAAAUAGUUUUAGGCAAUAUAUCAUAUGAAUCUCAGCUUUCUUUAGGUUGAGAGUUGUUUUUGUAGCAAAAGAACCUUAAACAUGCUUAAUUGGCGAUUUAUUAUUUUUUAACUGCAUGAAAAUCCUAGUUUUAAUGUUUUUAUAUAAAACUUAGAUUGUACCAACUUUUAACAUUCCACAAAUUUCUCAUAAAAUUGUGAUAUAUUUUCUAAUACCCCUUUCUUAUAUCAAUGAUCUUAUUUUUGCAGGCUAAAAUAUUUUCUUAUAAAAUAAUUUUUUAUUGGUCCAUAAAAAUUUAAUUUUGGGAAUUCAAUUAGAGUUUAACUGACUAAAAAUGUUAAAAGGUUCUAGUCACAUUAUUUAGUCUAGACGUGCACUUUAUAGCACUUGUCGCAAAAAAGCAUCUAACCCCCAAACACGUAUGGUGACGUCCUAUUUGCAGAAAAUGCACUAUAAUAUACGAUAGUAAUUAUUUAUUGUCCUCUUUCAGGUGAAAACAGGCUUUUUGUAACAUAUAUUUUUUAUUGUUUGUAAUAGGUUAAAAUGUACAGUAGACACUUAUAUUUAAAAUAAAUAUUAUUUUUUAUCUAUCAAUCCUUAUUGUAACAUAUGGUAAGGCUGUUCGUAUUUAAAAAAUAAAACAAGAACAUGUUUUUGAAAAGUUUUGGGCACGGCUCAAGUAUUUUAUUGUUUAAAUUUAAGAUGAAGUACGAAUGGGCGCGCCCGAAUCCGACAAGAUUUUGUAUAGCCCCGUAUUCGUUGUCAAACCAACGGGUCUUGCUCUGGUAGUUAAUUUCGGCGUUAGAGUUCAAGAUGGAAGUAGAUUUUUUUAUACUUAUAGUAAAUAUAUUAUGGGAUAUUUAAAGACUGGCCGAUUGACUGACCAGACUUAUGUCCCGCAGAUCUUAACCGACGAUGAGUAUUCGAGGUUUGUUUCUGGUCAGAUUCGGGCACGUCGUACUGUACAUAAAAUACUUUUGUUUACUUCUCAAAUUUGUAACUCAGUUGUGGAUACUUUGAGGCGUAAUUUUAUUUUGACAAACUGUGGAUUUAAGGUUACAUUAUAAGUGAUUUAUUU